CCUCCCCGUAUAAUGGCAGCAUACCACGGGUCAGAAGUUUUGUACUCUCUUUUCUAAGUCACCAGGAUGACCCUAUACCUAUUGAAGGUGAUACUGAAAAUGACUUGGAAGUUGGAUCAGGAGCCACCAAUCAGACUGGGUCAUUCCUACGUGAGCAACGAACAGUGUCAGUGCAAACAGCAAGAUACCUUGCUAGUCCGUGGCUGACACGUUUCGUUCCUUCAGUUUACACCGUAGUGCUUGUGCUGAGUCUCCCUCUGAACAUUACAGCAAUACUUGUGUUUCUGAAAAAAAUGAAAAUUGAAAAGCCAGCUGUAGUAUAUAUGCUGAAUUUGGCCCUCGCAGAUGUCCUAUUUGUAAGCAUCCUUCCUUUCAAGAUUGCUUAUCACUUUUCUGGAAAUGACUGGGUUUUUGGACCUCAGAUGUGCCGUUUCAUCACUGCUGCCUUCUACUGUAACAUGUACUGUUCAGUAAUGCUUAUGACAAGCAUAAGCUUCGACCGCUUCUUAGCAGUGGUGUAUCCCAUGCAGUCUCUUGGGUGGCGUACGUUAACACGUGCCUCGCUGGUUUGUUUCAUCAUAUGGCUUGUAGCAAUAACUGGGGUUAUACCUUUUCUCAUCAGGGAGCAAACAAUGGAAAUACCCAAGUUAAAUAUAACUACUUGCCACGAUGUGCUAAGAGAAUCUGAACUUCAUGGCUAUUACCUCCACUUUUUCUCCAUCUUCUCCUCUGUGUUUUUUGUAGUGCCAUUUAUAAUUUCUACUGUCUGUUACGUGUGUAUCAUUCGAUGUCUUAGUUCUUCUACCAUUGUUGCAAAACAAAAUAAGAAGACGCGUGCCUUGCUUUUGUGUGUGGCUGUUUUUUCUGUUUUUAUUAUUUGCUUUGGACCAACAAAUGUCCUCCUAUUAAUUCAUUAUAUCCAUUUUUCUUAUGACAACAGCUUAGAGUAUCUCUACUUUGCCUAUCUACUUUGUGUUUGUAUCAGCAGUGUUAGCUGUUGUAUUGACCCCUUUAUUUACUAUUAUGCUUCUUCUCAGUAUCAGAGACAACUUUUCAGUCUCUUCAAUUGUAAAAAGACUUUUGAUCCUAACAGUAGUAACAGCAGUGGCCAGUCAGUGUCUACCGCUAGUAGAAGGGCUACAUGCUCUACUAAUGUGAAUAACAGUGUCUACAGGAAAUUGCUAGCAAUGCAUUGA